AUGGAAGAACAAAUGCAACUAUUAUUUAACCCUAUUCAGACUGGGGGGGGGCUUUUCGAACCCCCCCUCCGGCAAAAUCGUGAUAACUCCUACAGAAAGAGCUAUGAUGUUCAAAUUUUCUGACUUUUCCUAAAAUUUAUCUAGGAACAUUUUGGUGUAAUUACCAUGUCCAUGUGAUUAAUCAUGUUGCAACCAGUUUCUGACACAUAGGUUUUGGAAAAUUUAAAAAAUGGUGAUUUUUUUGUUUUAAGAUCGCGUUUUUACACUUAUAGUGCUUUUUGUUGUUAAAAUGGUCUUUGCUUGGGACUAGUUUUUGAAUUACAUCAAAAUGUUUCAACAUCGAAUAUUUGGGGGGGAAGGGUGGGGUAAAAUUUGUCACUUUUUUGCUUUGACAAAUAUGCUGCUCUAUUUUCCACAUAACACUUCCAAAGUCAUUUGUUUGGGUAAUAAACAUUAGUUUGAUACUUCUUUUACACAUUCUGAGCUUUUUCCCGUUUGAAAGUUGCUUUAAAUUAUAAUUUUAACAAAAAAACGGAAAUCCAAGAUGGCGGAUCCAAGAUGGCGGAUCCAAGAUGGCGGACAACCAUUUCAAAUUUUAAAUUUUAUUGCUUCCUAUUGCAUUUUCUCGCUGUACAAGUGUUUCCUUGUUACUAGUUCAUAAGAAAGGAUAACAAAGAGAUGACUUUAACAAUAUUAUUGAUAUUUUACGUAUCUAAGUGGAAAAAUGAUAAGAAACAUUGAAAAAUCGGAAUAUAACGUCACUGUGACGUCAUCAUUGGGCGUGGCAAGUCAAAACUGGGUGUGGGGCGUCUUUGUACGGAGAUGAUCAUUGUGUGUAAAUUUCAUGACCCUAGCAUUAUUGGUUCCAGAGAUACAGAGGGGGGGGCCGAGGAGCCCCCCCCAGUCACAGAUUGACCAAAAAAGCCCAGUCUGAAUAGGGUUAAUUUGCUAAAUUAGAACAUUAAAGUCAACAUACUACUUGCUUUAUGAUAAAUCUGACUCAAAAACUCAUACAACUAUAAUUCCAUUUUCAAUUUCGUUACAAAUUUUGGCUUCACCAGGUAAAAAAUAGGACAAAUAGGAGGUUUUAGUAUAAAAAUAGGAGAAAAUAGGAACAGGCUCAAAAAAUAGGAAAAAUAGGAAAAAAUAGGAACUGGACACCCUGCAGCAUUCUUCACACCAGGGCCUUUAGAUCUAACCACUUAGAGUAAUUUAAAUUUACAUUUUUUAGUUAUCAGCCCAUUGUGAAAAAGAGAAAAUAGUUCAAUAAUACAGGAGGGGGGGGGGAGGGGGGGGGCAUACUUCGAGAUUCCCAUGCAGUCUCUUAAAUGAAAUCCAAACAAUGUUCUCACAACUUGCAAAAUGAUCAUAAAAGGUCUUGACAGCAGAAUUGUGUACUAAUCAUGGGAAUUAUGUAAAAACCCAAUGAUCAAUGGUUUUGAGAAGGAACAAAAACACGGCGGUCAAAGACAGGAUUGUUUCUCACUAUUUUAUUUUGGUAAUUCGCAAAUUUAUCGGUUUUAUGCCACUUUUCAGACAUAGUGUUGUUAUUUAUCACUUGCUUUUAACAUUAACUGAUAAUUUAUUCAACUCAAUUUAACUGCUGGCCCCUACCGCAGUUCAAACAUUUUAGUUUUGAACCACUUGAAAAGCCCCCUCUCGAUAACUUUGCUAACAAAUUUUAAGUGUCUCUAACGAGAAGCUUCACCUCCCCUGGAUCAGCACUUCUGUGAAACGUCUAAUGAACAAAUGUGAUAGAGCAUGUAAGAAGGCCAGGCAUAGUGGCAAAGCCAUUCACCUUACCAAAUACAAGCAACUUUGCAAUAUAACAACCAAACACCUGCACGUUGCGCUCGACAAGUACCUCAAUGAAGUUAUGGGUGGCUUAACUCAAGAGUAUCUGGAGACUGGGCCUGAGAAGCCUGGCUGAGUUGAGCCAAUUUUAAUCAUUUAACCCUUUAUCUGAAAGGUCAUAACUCACGGAUUAAAAUUAUUUCGUAAGACAUAAUCUUUGGUCUUUAUUAUAUUUCACCUACAUGUUCAUUUUAACAGAAGUUAAUAAAAUACAAAAAACCGUGAGGCGAUGAAUGUAUUUUUAGCGUUAUUUACAGUAGCUAACUUGUUUAGAGGAAAGCACCAUUUUUAUAGUGACAGAUUCUGUCAAAUGGCAGUUUUGUAAAAAUGCAUUGAGCUGUUAUAUAUUUGUUGGUCUAUAAAUGAUAGUAUAACGUGAGUAAGUUAGGAAAGUGGACAUGAUGUUUAACGGCAAAGCGCCAUUAAAAUUGUAACUUCUACAUGUACUUGUCAUCGUUUAACAAACUAUGCCAGUGUUUCCUUACUUCAACAUGAAAAAAGCAUGCGCAACUGCUUUAAAAAAAGGUAUUUUGACUUUUUUCGGCUAAAAAGUUCGACAUAAACCUACAGAGGGAAACUAGGACUAGAGCUUGUAAAUAUUUUGGCAUCAAUCUCUGUAAAUGAGCCCAAUUUCAGAAAAAUCUGGCAACGUAUAAUUGAGUAACCUUUACUCGCUUGAGUAAAGUUUACUCACCUCUUAAGGCUCCACAAAUGCACUGCUCUGAUUGUUUGAGACAGGGGAAACUUUUCCCUCCAUCUAACAGUUUUUAGUACGUAAUGAGUUUGGCACAGUACGCAAUUUUUUUGACAUGUUUUACAAGAACUUAAACCUAGCGUCCAGUGACCGAGUCCUUCAAACAGCCCCAGGAAUAAGAAGAUAAAAUCAAGUCAAUAAAUAAACUCAUUCUUUAAAUUGCAUAAAACACACAGACAAAACAAAUAAGGCUGGUUCAUUCCAACAAAUUAAAAAUUCAGACCUGACGUGUUGUGAUCACUGUCUGACAACUUGGACGAAUUCACACUCAAGAUCUGGGUUAUACCAACAUCUCUUUUCUCCAAAUUUCUGUUUUCCUCAGCGAUACUUCCAGUGAUGAAAUUUUUUCCCUGCAAACAAUACCAGAUAGUUAGCCCAUAGAGACAAAAUGCUGGCUGCUACUCAAAAUUGCCUUUUAUUUAAUUUCAUCAGUGGUUUAAAUACCAUUAAAUUUUUCUGCAAAAUCCUGAAGAAAAGAACACAAAAAAACCUACUUUCUUAUUUCCCUUUUUUCUAGGAUGUUCAUGUACAUGUACAGUUGUAGCUAUUAAUGACCUGAGAAGAAUAUUGUAUUGAACAACGAAAAAGAAAAUAAAUGAAAUGUUAAUGAAAUGAAACUAAAAUAAACAGUUACAGUGUUCUGUUCAAUAUUUCAAAUGCGAGAUCUUCAGAAAAACGUUUUACCCAGAAUUAUGAAGCUUUGCAUGGAGAUGUCAUGUUUGUGUCCCUUUCAGGGGCACAAGUAUGGCCACUGGAAACCAACAGAAACAUCUGUUUUUGAGUUUUCCUACUACUGUGUGAAUUCUUCGCUUGAGGAACUCAUAAAGAUUAAAGUAAUAUUAAUUUUAUUGUGAAACAAGGAAUGUUUAGAUAGCAAAAUCUCCAAAAUCGGUAAUGUUUUUAACCCACAUAAGAACUUUCCUGGCCGUCAGCUAAAUACCGCGUCACACAAAAGCCCGGAAAUUCAAGUGUCCUGUAUCGCAAAACAAAGAACCCUUUUGAACCGAAAAUUUGUUUGUAUUAAGGUGCUGUAAUACCACAUGAAAGUAGAAACUCAGAAGAAGCUAUAGUUUCUUAGUUUGAAUUUCGGUGACAUCAGGUGAAAACCAAGAAAUUGACCAGUGCAUUACAUUGUGAAAUAUAAUCUACACGCAUGGCAGCUUAUUGCCUUGCAUUGCUCAAUGCUUUCAGUCUUGUCUAAUUUUCAUUUUAGCUUUGUUUGCACAAAUUUUCUUAAAGUUCAGCUUAGUUUCUUGUACUCAAGCGGGUAUAUAUUGCGCAGGCGCGGUUACAAAUCUAAUAUGGCGGAAUGUGAAAGAACUUGGGAAUCGUUUAUACAAGCUUGAGUAGAAAUAAAAAAUAAAACCCAGAGAGCAAACCCAUUUUAGCUUACAGUUAUAGUGUAACAAAAGGCAGUGGUCAGUACCAAGUCUAUUAAAACUUACAUCGUGUUUUCACGCCAGAACCUCGUGUUCACGCUAUCCGAUUUUAUUGUUAAUUGUAACAAAAGACAGUGGUCAGCUCUGUUCUUCGAGAACCUCCUGGCUUUUAAUGAAUUCAACUUCAAACUCAACCUUCAACUUCAAUCAACCGCAAAAAUGGUCAGGUAUUCUUAAUGGCUUUUCUUUCAAGAAAGGUGUGUUUUCCUUUCCAAUAAACGAAUGAAUCGGGAGUUGAAUCUCCCUCCUUUGCGUGCCAUUCAUGGUCAUCAGGGUCAUUCGUGCUGGGAACGUGCUGAGUAUGAGGUAGACUGGUUGCCAUUACAUACGCUGAUUGGAGAAUCUUGAUCACAUGGCUUUAGCGCGCGGAAGAUGAAAAACGAAAAAUGAAGCCGCGGUGAAGUCUGGGUAAAUCCAAUACUAAGUUUUGAAUAAUUCAAGAUUAAAUUCGGGCAUUUAAAAUGAUUUUUCCCUCAAAUUUUUUCAGUUGAAGUGAAAUAGACGGUCAUUCAAAACGUGAAGUGUUAGAAAUAUUUAAUAGAGUAAGAAAAAUGUUAUUGCUUAAUUUCUUCUCUUAACCCACUAGCAAUAGACCUUUUUAGAUUUUCAGCUUGUAUAUUCAGACCCCUUGAUGUUCUCCUGGGAAUUUGCCUUUUGUCUUUUCAUUUUAAAAGUAUCCAUACAUAUGUACGUGUGUGCACAUGCAUAAGAGUUACGAGGUCAUCUUUGAAGAGUUUCAUUCGGAGCCAGUACUUUUUUAGCCUCCUCCGUUGACAUUCUUAGGGACGUAUAAAGUUACGUAUGUUUAUCUUCUAUCAGAAAUGCUAAUUUAUUUAUCCAAAUAAAGAAAAUUCGCCACCAAUUUGCCAGUUUUUCCCUUCAUUUUCAUGUUUUUUGGUAACGCGGACAUGGCGUUAGCGUCUCCCAGGAGAGGACAUGCUUUCAUUGCUGAUUAGGAGCGGUCCAUAGCCAAGUCCAGGCAAAAAAGUGCGACACCGGGGGGGGGGGGGGGAGGGACUUCGCAUAUGAAAGGGGUGGGGAUGUUCGUCGACUCGCUUAGGGGUGUAAAUUUCGGAUUUUGGUCUCACUUAGGGUGUUCUGGCAAAACGCCAUCAUACUUAGCCGUGAAGGUCUCGUUUAGGGUUGUACGCGAAAAGAUAUAGAAAUAUAUAUUUACAGGAGCCAGGAGCCGAGCCAGGUAAUCGGCUCCUGAUAUUUAAUAAUCACAGGAGUUCAGGCUUCAGGAGUAAUCAUUGAUCGUUUAUUGCGACAGUGUUGUUUCGUAUGGUCCGAAAUUGUUUUAUAUAAUCCAAGUUUUCUCAUUUGUCUGUGUUUUAACAUGGUCUCUUUUAGGGGUCAAAAAAAGUUUGGACCACGCCCAGAUCGGUCUCCUUUAGGGGUUUAAUUCAAAAUUUCCGACGAGCAUCCCCACCCCUUUCAUAUGCAGAGUCCCCCCACCCCCGGGGUGCGACAUCUGGGACUCCUAGAAGGAAUCUUUCGAUCUGCACCGAAUGGUCCUAGAAACAAUCUCAUGCCUGUAACAUAGUUAACAGGAACUGAUCAUCACCUAAUUCAAACUACUUUUUUAAGGGAAAAGUCCAUAGCCUACUUUGUGGUCUAAGAGAGAAAAACACCCGAACACUGGGAUGGUUUUGGAGCCACGUUUCUAGUCAAUUCAUUUCCAUUUCCUUUGACUUGACCAUCCCUUUCUACGAAGUAGCAUCACACAUGGAACAUCGCAGAAAACGGAUCGAUUUGGAUUUUGAUAACCGACUAUUCGGAUCGCAAUGAUCUCUUGUGCCCCUGUGUUUCCUCCGCAGCGACACUGGGAUUCGGCCGUUGAUAAUAUAGUUUGACAACAAUGCAUGACGGGAAGAUGGUAAUGUCCUCCUUUGGGUUAGCCGCGUCCCAAUACAUAAUUAUACGAAAGCCGAGGAGGGUCUUCGGACUUCUGACUUCCGACUUCCGACUUCCGACUUCGAACUUCCAACUUCUGACUUCCCGACUUCCGACUUCCGUAGCAAUAAAAGGCGGUGGUAGGCCUACACGACUUUUUAUGCCAAAAUGCUGCUUGUUUCAAUAACAUUUUUUGCUUCUGCUGGGUAGAUUAUGCUAUAGAAGGUUCUACAUUACUAAGUAAAUGUGAUUUUAGACGCCUGUUUCACACUGAGAGGUCAUGGCACACAUGUCGAUUUACAGUGGUUUUUGUUUCUGGUCGGCAGGAUUUGCCCCCUGGUGAAAAAGCAUUUUCUUUGGCAUUGUUUAAAGCGUAAGGCUUUUUAUUACGGCUGAGUAAUUUCUCUCCUCUGCAAUGUUUUAUCACGCUGGGCCCAUCUCGUUAGUUUUCUUUGCAGGAUGUUAAAUUAUCACGGAUAGUGAUUUACAGAUCCAAAGCCAUAAGAGUGAAGUGCAGCUUAAAAUGAAGCUGCAUCAACUAUGGAGAAUUUCAUUGUGACUCAGUAUAUUCCAGCUCAGUGUUUUUCUACUCUUUUGACUGGAGCGGGUAUUUCCUUCCUUGGUAAUAGUUUUUUUUCGCGCUUCGCGCAAAAUGCCGCGUUCGCCUCGCUUGGCUCAUAAGGCGCCUGUUAUGCAGGUUAGAAUAACAUUAACAGUGUUUGGACUGCUUUGUUAUUGCCACUUUGUGAUCAGGCAAGACCAUGGUUUCGGUUCUCCAAGCGAACCUCAUCGGUUGCCGGGGUGGCUUUGUGCUUAGUUGCUUUUCAAGAGCAAGUUUAGUUGUCCUCUUUUGUGGCGAGAACGGUACAGCCGUCCUUUCCACUGAGCUUUCAUUUUAAGCAUUAAUACCCGAGUGGUGAAUCGAGCAGCAAUCGAGUCUAAUAGAAGAGUCAAGUCAGAAGUCGGAAGUUAGAACUCGGAAGUUGGAAGUCAGAAGUAGGAAGUUGGAAAUCAGAAGUGGCACAGGGAAAAAUAACGGAUUCCCAUUUUUGGAUAUUUUAGGGUAUUUAAAGAAUACCCACAAAAAUCCCAAAUUUGGAAGAGUGAGACAAGUCCCAACCAGGGAACUUGGUGGGGAAUUCCCUGAUUGGGACUUGUCUCACUUUGCCAAAUUUGGCAUUUUUAUGGGUAUUCUUUAAAUACCCUAAAAUAUCCAAAAAUGGGAAUCCGUUAUUUUUUCCUGUGUGGGAAAUCGGAAGUCGGAAGUCAGAAGUAAGAAGUGGGGAGUGGGAAGUGGGAAGUGGGAAAUCAGAAGUCGGAAAUCGGAAUUUGGAAGUGGGAAGUGGGGAGUGGGAAGUGGGAGGUCCGAAGGUCUAGCUAGCCAUUCAGCUUUGAGUCUGAACGGUCAGAAAUCAGAAAUCCGGAGUUCGCACUUUGUCAAGUAUGAAGUCUUAAGUCUGAAGUCGGAAGUCAGGAGUCAGAAGUCGGAAGACCCUCCUCGGCUUUCGUAUAAUACGCAUAAUAGAGCAGUGUGCUGAUUGACUGCAGUCAGUUGAGCACUUGUGGGCAGUUCGUUUCUCAAUGCCGGACUAUUACUCAGGGUCUUAAAAUAACUGAGACAUGAAGGUAUUCCCUUUGCACUGCAAGCGGCUUGACCUUCGUGCGGCUCGGAUGACCACGUAAAAUGGCGGUCCUGUCUCCAUUAGGAGACGUAAAAAUGGUGUCCCCAGUUAGCACUUUCGUGCUAAAUACCGUUGACACUCAAAUAAAGUGCCUUUUUUAAAGUGCCUUUUGUCACCUGCUUUGUACAGACCAGCCUCCCCUUCCCUAGAUGCGCUUCUCCUUAAAAUCAUGGAGGCAAGAGAAAGGUCAAGUAGUAAGACACAGGGAAAACAUCUUCACGAGGAAAGUAGGGACAAAUAUUAAUCUGAGACAUGAAUGCACUCAGGAACCUGCGCCCGUGAUGGAAAGACAACGUACGAUAGGGAGACUGGAGCCGAUAAGUUAAAUGAGCUUCAAGCGGUUUGACCAGCGGAAGAAUGUUGGCGUUUGAAUUGCCAUGCGCAAAGUUAUGUUUGAUUUUCUUUGGACCAAAAAAAAUUGACAAAAAUAGUUAUCUUGUCGAAAACGCAGCUAUUUAUAUGGAAGGAAAUCAGCAGACACAGAGCCAAGGGGCCACCAAACAAGCAAUGAUAUAUAUCUGCGGAGGUAAGAGGAAAUCGAAGUUGAAAAGUCACCUUUUCAGCGAAAGUAGACGAUCUUUCAACUAUUUGACGGCUCAGCGAGCUGGACAACACGUGCAAGUAUAAUGCAUGGUCAUGCAUAUUUUUUGAUAUAGUGCAUGUUAUUUAGAUAAACCACAUUGCAGAUUACUGAAUAAAAAUCCUUGCCACGCAUUAAAUUGAGUUCCAAACCCAUGAUGGGUGUAGUGACUUGUGUUGUGAAAAGCGAUAUGUUUGUUGAUCGACUUCGUAUCGUUUCCGUGUUUUUGCUUUCUUUUAGAAUGCCAUACAGAAAACGAGAUCAAAUCUCGAGAUCCUAUUCGUUGUCGUGAAUGUGGAUACAGAAUCAUGUACAAGAAAAGAACAAAAAGAAGUAUCCUUUUUAAAUAAACAUCAAACUUGUCAAGAUGUAUAUGACUUGCCAGUACAAAGCAGAAUUGAAGCUGCAAUCUUGGGUCACACUGCUCCUGGUACCUACUUUUCACUCUUCCAAAGUUGUUUUGUAAUGUUUUUUUUUGUGGAAUUGUCCAAUUCGAGGCCAACAUUGAAAGGGAGAGGGAAAAGACGUCAAGCGCAACAUGUCAACAUCAUUCCUUCAAUUUACCCAAGUUCUAAGCUCAUGAUUUUAAUAAUCUGUAACAAAAGCUGCAAGACUUGUUUAUACCAAAGAAUUUUGACAAAAUAAUUGGAGCCAAAGGCCCUGUUCACACUAACACAAAGAAUAGAGUUUGGUGUUUGCAAAAAAUUUAAGAAUUUUAUAUUUACCAAUUUUUCAUCAAGUCAUAUCUUGGUUUGUGUCCAGCUACAGUCAACUCUCGCCUUGCAGACACCCCACUAUAACAGACACCUGGAUCAAACGGACAGCAGCUAAAUCUCCGGCGAAAACAAAUUACAGAUGUUUGACUGAAAUAAACUCCCGCUAUUACAGACUCUCGCUAAUGAGGACACUACCUCGAGGUCCCUACAUUGUCUGCAAUAAAGGGAGUUGACUUUAGUUGGGAUUGUUUACUCAUGUUUCAUUCAAAUUAGUUCUUUCAAAUUACUUUAGCACUCAGCCUGUAACAAUAAAUUAAUUUUGCAAUUAUCUGCUAAGUAUAUUUUAUUUGUACUAAAAAGAAUUUAAUUGCAAAUUAAUAAAUUGGUAAAGUACCAUAAAUGAUCGAUUAAGCGCCACUACUUGAAUAACUGCCGCUCUAGAAUAAGCACCGCACCUUAAGCGAAAAUAAUUUAAUAAGUGGCGCUCUCGAAUUAGCUCUGUGGUGCUAAUUUGGGUAUUUACAAAUUAACACCCCACUUUUGAUACAGCACUUUAUAUCAAGACCACUUGAGAAAUAAGACCUCGACCCACUUGUGAGUUCUAAAGUUUUAAUGUCGGGAAACUCUUGAAACUGGGUUCAUAUAAUAAUUUGAGGUGUACAUAUUUUAUAGUAAAUUGUCCAUACCUAGUAUGCGCCUCAGUUAAUUUUCUCUAUAUUCCCCUCAAUGUUUUACCCGUAGUUGAAAUAAGCACCGCACCUAUAACAGGGAUAAUGAAAUAAGCACCACGGUGCUUAAUCGAUCAUUAAUUUUACAGUAAUCAAAAGAGUAAAUAAAGUAGAUAUAUGCAUAUCCAUCCUUGCAGUCAUUUGCUAGGCCCAAGGAGUCUUUGUGAUAUAAAAUAAUGCUUCUAAAGGUAACGUAAUGUCGUAACUUGUUUUCUAAACUGUUUUUGAAGAUGUAGAUCUUCUUUUUAGAAAGGCUUCAAAUUAAUUAUUGCCAUUUUGUUACUGUUAUGUAUUGUUUAAAUUUAUCAAGCCAAUCAAUCAUAUCUUUAUUUCAAUUUGGAUUAGAGUAGCAUUUCUGCUAGUAUCUCCAAAACAGAAAUAAUAAAUAAAAUGAAAUAAGAUAAAAAAUAGAAAAGAAUAGUACAACACAUUUCACAUAAACAUCAAUUACACACACGAUACAUGUAUAUACAACUAUUUUUCAAAAGCCGGAGUAUACUAUCAGGUUUAAAAACGUCAAAUUUAAACCUGAUAAUACACAAGUUUUCUGAACGACUUCAAAAUAUCUGAUACAGAUCAAUUCAUUGUUGCUCUAAUAAUUAGAACUGGGGGUUUUUUGGUCUAAAAAACUGGGCAUAAAGUUUAGCUGUGUCUUUAUCACACGUAAAGAUACUCAUUGAAGAUUAAUUUCUUUUGUUUUUUCUUUAUGAGUUAUUAAUGAGUUUUUGAACAUUAUCUCUAAUUCUCAAGUUCAUUGAUAAUUUUCAUGGAAAGUACUUUUAAUCUGCAUUUGUCCUGAGACCUUUGACUUACUAGACCCUUGUAAUUGAUUUUUAGUUGAUCACGAUUUGAACAGCAGUUUUUGCAAAGAACGUUCAUUUUCGGUAUGUUUUUUUUAUCAUCAUCAUUAGCAUUAGUUACUAACACCCAAUGUCAAUUUUCGGAAAAUAUCUGUUCGGAAGGCGAUUUGAAAUGUAGAGUUUUCGGAAGAUUUGAAGUAAAAUUUCUUGCUUGCGUGCCUCUUGUAGGAUUUUUGAACAAAUUUUAAUUCCCCAUUUUUACCUAAAAAGUGGUUUUUUUCGGAUGCCAGAUGACAUUUUCAAAAGAGCAUGAAAUUUUCAGGAUUGAUUUCAGCUAGAAGAUCCGAACAGAUAAAAUGGUAUAGAACAAAUACAAAAUAUGUUUAACAAUGCUAUGUUUAAGUGGUUUUGAACUAUUUUCUCGUUGGGUGCACCUCCUACUAACAAAAGUUAGUUCAGCUCCUGCUGUUUCAAUAGUGUUUAUUUGUGACAGAACCAAAAGAAACAUUGUCCAUUGUCUGACACUUAAUUUCAUGUAGUACACUUGUGAAGCUCUUAAUGAAGGGUUCAAUUUUAUGAUUCUACUUGAUUUGGUUAUUAUUCAACCCACUUGUUUUAUAGUGAACUGAUAAAAAGCAUUGUGUUGUUGGUACUUAUUGUAGUUUUCAUUUUCUUCAGCAUCCCCAAACUGCUAUCAGUCCUUUGUGAUUGCCAGAAAACAAUAAAAUUACAGUCUCCCCAACAGAAAAGGCACUGCUGACAGUCUAUAGUGUCUUAGAAACUUUCAUCUUUUAUUUAAUUUUACAUCCAACCUCUAUUCUGUGAGCAAGUUCUCCAAGCGAGCAAGCAAAGUGCGGCAUAUGAGAACUCACAUGACUUCUCAUGAUAUACCCUAGGCCCCAUAGUUAUUCAAAAGAUGGACAACAAUGCAUGCAGUGGAUAAGUCUUUAGGCCAGGGGAUAGUGCAAUAAUAACAUUAUUGGUUUCCCUAAUACUUAUCCGCUGGAUAGUGAUUUAUCCGGGGCAUAGCUCUAUUCAUUGUUUGAAAAACUGAAGCCAGGUGAAGAGCUUGCUCACAUGGUAUGUAGCCUCCAGUGCCAUGCUGAUAUCAGAGCAACAAGGAAACGACUUUAGAGUGGUUCUGUCCAUGUAGGCCUGGGUAUAAUUGUCGGCUAAACCAAUACUUUGAGGGUCUGAGACUGUAACGACUAAUAACUUAUUUUAAGUGUGGACAUACAUGUCGUAUUUUAUUGAUAAUUUAUAAGACAAAUUGUAGUUAGGUGUCCCCAAUUAGUGUACAUUGUAUGCUAGCGACCUUGAC